AUGGAGUUGCGGCUCUUUUUAAUGUGCUUUGCCCUCUGUGUGGCGUCCAUCUCCGGCACUGCUACGGAGGAUAACCGCGACGAACCGCCCAGUAGGCGAGAGCACAACGAUGCAGAGAACUUGGAUUACGACCACAAGGCCUUUCUGGGACAGGAGGAGGCCAAGACCUUUGACCAGCUCAUUCCUGAGGAGAGCAAGGAGCGACUUGGCAUGCUGGUGGACCAUAUCGAUGAAGACAAGGACGGUUUCGUGACCAUGGAGGAAAUGAAGGAGUGGCUCACAGAAGUGCAGAGGAGGUGGAUUUACAAGAACAUUGAUCGCCAGUGGGAGAUGUUGGACAUCAAUGGCGAUGACUUGGUGUCAUGGGAGGAGUACAGGGACAUCACGUAUGGAAACAUUGAUGCCAAAAACGAAGAUGGCUUAAGCUACAGCGAGACGAUGGGGCGCGAUGAGAGGAGGUUCAAGAUAGCCGACCAGGACGGGGACCAAAAUGCCAACAAAAAAGAGUUUGCCUCCUUCAUUCAUCCCGAGCAUUUUGAGCACAUGGAAGACAUCAUGGUGCAUGAAAUGAUGGAAGACAUGGACAAGAACGGAGAUGGUGUCAUUGACGUGGGAGAAUACAGUGGCAACACAUACAGGCAUGUGGGCAAGCCGAAGCCGCAGUGGGUGAAGAUGGACAGGGAGCGUUUCACAGAGCUCCAGGACAAGAACAAGGAUGGCAAGAUGGACAAGGAGGAAAUGCAAGACUGGAUCUCAACCACUGAAUACAACCAAGCCAGGGCCGAGGCAGAGCACCUGAUCUUAGAGGCCGACGCAGACAAAGAUGGCCGCCUGACCAAGGCUGAGAUCCUGGACAAGUACGACGUGUUUGUGGGCAGCCUAGCCACCGACUUUGGAGAAGUCCUCACCCAACACGAUGAGUUGUAAAUUUGGAGCUGUCCACUGAUCGUUUCCUCUCAGUGGACGUCAUUUAGCACCAUGACAAGUGGCAACCGUUUUUGUGGAAUCUUGUAAAAAAAUAUAUGGAACUUCAAAUGCCUCUCCAUUCCCAAUAAGUUAAGGAAAAACAAUUCUAGCAUACAUGAUUUAUUCUACUGUCCAUGUUGCUGUUAUCACAAAAAUGUUGACAAACCUUUUGCAUUAUUUGACACUGUUUGAAUUUUGUGCGCCAAGGCAAAUCCAUUCAAACUAAUUUUGUG